UGAGGGAGAACAAAAUGUUUCUAUCGCCUGCAGUGCUACUGGUCAGCCUCAGCCUAAUAUCACGUGGUCUAAGGCGUUUGGAAUCUUGCCAAUGGAUAGAGCCGAAGUGAUUGAUGGAACGCUAAAUAUUUAUAACGUAACAAAAAAUGACAGAGGAACAUACAUCUGUAGAGCGGAGAACAUUCUCGGAUCAGCAGCAGACACGUUUCACUUUACGGUAUUUUCUCGUCUGCGGUUUAAAGCUAGGCCCCCCAAAGAAAUGACUCCUAGGGCUGGCUCAACUGUUCAUCUGCCGUGUGUGGUCGAGAGCGACUUGAAAACUACAAUCAGUUGGACGAAGCAGGGCGAGUCUUCUUUACCUACACGGUCAAAUGUCCUACAGAAUGAGACGCUGGUAAUAAAAAACGUUAGAAAAUUACACGAAGGUUCUUACACCUGUAGAGCAAGUAAUGUUCUGACAGUAAUAGAAACCAAAGUGAAAAUUAACAAUCCAAUAAACGUGUCUUCUUGUUCUAUGAUACAAAAAUACGUCAGCACUACAAGUGGAAAUUACGUCAUUGAUACCGAUGGCGAAGGUCCUCUAGCACCAUUUACAGCAUACUGUGACAUGAGUGACAAGAAUAGAGUUGGCGUGACAGUCAUCAGUCACGACAGUGAAAGCAGAACGCACAUAAAAGGAUACGAGUCCGCAGGAAGUUACUCACGUGAUAUCCAUUACACAGGAGCCAGUCUUUCUCAGCUGGCGAGUCUCACCAGAGUCUCCUCACACUGCGAACAGUUUAUCAGCUACGAGUGCCGUUAUUCACUGUUCUUUAGAGGAAGUGUUGGAUGGUGGGUGUCACGGGACUCGAUGAAGAUGACAUACUGGGGAGGAGCGUCACCCGGCAGUGGUAAGUGCGCGUGCGGAAUGACCAACUCAUGUCCACACCCUGCUCAUCCGUGUAACUGUGACAAGGAAGAUGGUGUACUGCGUGAGGACAGCGGUCUCCUCACUGACAAGUCACACCUUCCAGUUAAACAACUGAGGUUUGGUGAUACAGGUGAUCCUAACGAGGAAGGAUAUCAUACGCUGGGAAAACUGAAGUGUUAUGGCAUACCGUAGUGCUAGUCUCAAAAUAUCUCAUAUCGACAGGUACUACGUAAAAACAGAUGAUCUAAACAUUCUUCAGCGUUUAACUAAAAUUUUAUCCAAGAUGAAAGAGUAUAGCUGCUCGAAGACUGGAGCGCAGUAAGAGAAAGUGACUCUUAUCAUAACCGGCAAUAAAACAUUGCAUUACAGUAGUUUGACUGCUGUUGAUGACUUCCUUGUCUAAUGAAGUAAUUCUAAAAUAAUCUUGCUGUUGACGUCUUGGUGGAUUCAACAUGCCAUAAGUGUGUAGAAAACUUCUUUGAAUCCCGAAUGCUUUAUCUAGUUCAACUGAUCGCUUCUGAGCUGUAAAUGUCAAGUGGAUGGCUUCACUAAUGCGCCGAUCAGUUGAAGCUUCAACAUUCUCCAGAGUGUAGGACUAUCGUCUGUGCCCGGGGAGUGGGGAAUAUAAGCCUUUCCUGGGUGGGGUGGGGAAAACCUUUCAGCGGAACAAGCGUAUUGUAUUUUUUUUAAACGCCUGGUAAAGGUAAAGAGUUCUCUUUACGAGCGGAUGGUUAAAAAAAAAAAAAAAUUGGUCCACAAGGUCUAGAUUUUAAACUCGGAUAGUCGAGUUGUUCAUCGAUGGGUAUAGAAAGUGUAGGUCGCUGUUCUUGCCUUUUACAAAAAAUAUUCAUCUAUCAAAUCCGGCAAUUGAGUAGGGCAUUUAAACACAGUUUUGAGAGAAUUUUAGAGAAUUUGAGAAAAUUUGAGAGAAUUUGAGAGAACUUCUCCAAAGUUCAAAUACCAGGGGGCUUAUCCGGUAGAAAUUUCAACACCUCUAAAAGGCUUUCGUUGUUAUUUCUCAGACACCAUGGCAUGAUGGGAUUAACCAUUCGUACGGAUAUAAACAAUUUAUUGACAACUGGAUGCUAAUGGAAAAAUCGAUAGCUUGUUUGAGUAAAAAUAAGUGGUGCUGCACAAGAGGAUUACUAAGGAUUACUUCACUACGUUAACCAUGCCAUUUAAUGAUCAAGAGUCAAGGAACAAUGAGAAAAAAAGGUCUUUCAUAGGGUAAUUAACGCUUGUAGAUAAUAUGUAAUGUAACGUGAAUGGAUUUUUGAGAAAUUUUGAGCAUCUGUUUUAAAUAUUUGGUGCAUCUUA